AUGCCUUCUGCCACUCUUGCCAGUACGGGCGACGGGGCCACGGUUCCCAUCCACACCACUAUGGCGCAGCCACUGCUCUUUUCUAAUUCUGGACGAAACGUCGAGCCUAUCCGUCGCCGGAUGGCCCGCCGCGGUAUGAGAGUAGCCUCCGAAGCCUAUACCGUACCAAUGCAACAACCCAUGCCCCGACUGAAUAAAGAGCUCGGCCAUAAAGUAGUGGAUAAAGAAAGGUAUGGAUAUGGAUGUUUAUGUGGAUGCGCGUGUGAGAAGAUGGAUGGCACCAAAGAGCCAAAGGCUCACGACAGAGCGUCCUCGGUCGCUUGUGCAAGUGUGCACAAGUCCCAUGUCUUGCCCUUGGUGUCUCUUUUUGUGUUGUCGGUCACUUUUUUUCUUUUGUUGGUUGGUUUGUGUACGCGCGUGCCUCCAGCCAGUGGGGUUCUCGAGAAUACCAGACUGACUUUGAGUUAUGCCAUGACCCUAGCCAAGGCGCGCCAUGGUGCGCUGCUACUCGCUACCAGUAGCCUCCCUAUCGCUGGGUGGCACGCAAACCGCAAACCGCGUCACAAGGGCUGCAUAAUCCCGCUCAAUGAUAGGGUGGUAAUGAAGAUUGGGCACGUUCAGAAUGGAUCCUGGCCGUGCACAACUCCAAACUGUCCACUCGGAAUUGCGUUGUGCACCGCUUCAGUCCAUUACACUGUCGUCGGCGCCGAUAUGCACGCUUCCAUUCGUCGGGCUGUGUCGUGUCACAUCCACCCGAUGCAUGGCCUCUUUAACUUGUUGAUCACCUCGAAGCGGCCUCUGGCAGACACUCGACUUUGUGGAGCGUCAGACGUCACCCGUCCCAUUCCGUCCCAUCUCUUGAUUGCUCUGCGGCCCAAGUUGGAGGCAACCUGUGGUGACGAUGAGCUGCGUCGAGCUGUGGUUGGACAAAUGGGUGGUCUUCGUCUAACUGAGUCGACGUUGGAGGCCAAACUUGGGUUAAUUGUUUAUAGCCUGCCAACGUCGAAACAAACGAUGUUGGAAUAUCAAUGGCCGAUGAAGAAAAGCAACUUCCAUGUGGGCCACCAGGGACCUAAACUGAUCAACGAUAAGUUCAGCAAGGCCUACAGCACGAGCACCAAAAAUAUAGCAUUGCUCCCAGCACUACGAGCAGUCCGCCCAAGCAUUAUAGUGCGCCAGUUGUGGAGAGAGAUAGUGGAUGAUCUAUUGCGCAUGGCGUUGCAGCUUUAUGACGAUGAGCGAGCUGGAUUGCUACUCGUAAUUCUUGUUACACUGGAUUUCAAAGGAUAG